GGGGCAGGGAGGGAGGACGGCGGCCGCGGAGGGCGGGGAGGAGAGGAGGACACCCACGGCGCGAAGAAGAACACCGUGAGCGGCGGGUGCGGGGCAGGGCGGGAGGAUGGCGGCCGCGGAGGGCGGGAAGGAGAGGAGGACACUCACGGCGCGAAGAGCAACACCGUGAGCGGCGGGUGCGGGGCAAGGAGGGAGGAUGGCGGCCGCGGAAGGCUGGAAGGAGAGGAGCACACUCACGGCGCGAAGGACAACACCGCGAGCGGCGGGUGCGGCGCGGCAUCACGGCCACGCCCAGGGGCGGGGGCAGAGGCCGCAGACGUGAGAACGUGGAGCACAUCGGAGCAGCGCAAGAGGAGGAGCAGCUAGCGUGCCCACGGAGGCGGGCGGCAGCUGCAUGUCCGCUGGAACGUCUCCGGCGUCAGAGUGCUCCAGGUGCGGCACCGGGGGAGCUGCGUGCAGGCCAAGAGGACCGGGCCCGGCAAGCCCAGCGCAGCAAAGUGCUGCGGGGAAGCCACGCCGUGCUGCCGAGGCCGCAGGCGGCAAAGCUGCCGGGGGCGGCUGACCGAGCUGCAGGGCGUGCGGGGCCGGCGAGGCUGCGUGCACCGCGACUGAAAUGGCGCCGCGUGGCAAGGGCUGGGCUGAGCUGCCAGAGGCCAGGGGCGGCGUGGCCGGAGCGGGGUGCAGCGCAGAGCGGCAGGGGCUCCAGCGGCAGGGCGGGCCGCAGGGCUGCCCGGAGCCAGGGCU